AUGUCAAGUGUCUGGCUGCUCUCUCCCGCAUCUGCACAUUUUUCGAGUCUCAAAAGAAAUUCCACUUUUUCUUUUGACUUUCUCUUAGCCAAGGAGGGAUACGUGGCAGCAGGGCGGUGCAGCAUCCAGCUCUUCCUCUACUCGCCCGAUCUUCGCACCGCACCAACACACCUGCAGCGGGCACAGGCGGCGUGUGAAAGUGACCGAGUCCUGGUGGAGUUGCAUAAGAGCAGAUCAGCUUCCUGCACCUGCCAGCCGUGCAGAUCUACGCCAUGCAGAUCUACGCCAUGCAGAUCUACGCCAUGCAGAUCUGCCAGCGUGGCAGCCUCGCUGGGGGAGAAGCAGCAGCAGCGCGUGCUGUUGGAGGGGCUCGUGGAUCGGAUGAAGUACAUGCUGCCUCCAGCUGACAUGGAUGAGGUGAUUGAAGCAGCACUGAUGGUCUACACCCAUACGGCCGUCAAGCUGUCAAAUCCCUCCCUGGCCUUCACUGUGCGGCAAGACAUGUGCCUCUUUUGGUUUGCGAAGGUUCUCUUCAACGUGGUGGGUAGCAGGUUGCGCCUGGCCGUUCAGACCAUCACGCGGCACUUCCAGCCUCAAGAGUCGCAUCAACGAUGUGAUUUCAUCAUGCAUGAGGCUCAGAACGCACUUAAGGUUCGGGAGCACUGCCGGGAAUGGUUGGCUGGUCUGGCCAUUGUGAUUGACAAUGUGGAGAGACACACAGCCCCACUUGCUCCCUCACACUCACGCAUGGCCUCUCUUGGGCGCGGGUCACAGCAACCAUAUGCCCUGCGUUAG